AUGUCUGCCAGAAAUCCAACUGGGUUUGAUAUCAAACAAUUGAAGGCUGCGGCUUCCCCGUCGUCCAUCUACCGCAAGCAGGACCCCUGGGCUCGCCAUGAAACUUGGCGCUACUAUGGUCCCUUCAGCCGGUGGAACCGGUUCAAGGGACUUUUCCCCGGUUUGGGUAUUGCAACCGUUGCUUUUACUGCCUACUGCACAUACGAGCACUUCUUCCUGAAGGACGACCACCACGAUGCCCACCACGGUGAGGAUCACCACUAA